AUGGAGACGCAGGACGAAAGUAUAGAUAUUUCUAGCAUCAAGCAGGCACUCCUAAACCCUGUCCUGCCCGCGGCGCAGCACAUAUCACAACCGGACGCGCCAAUCUCAGGGAAUAAGCAGUUGUCCGCUAUCCGACGUGUCUUUGAACAGGCGUUGGCUCGUGAAAGUGAAGGUGUCCGAAAUGGCGAUUCGUCUCAAACAAACCCCCAGCGUCCCGGACAACAGGUGACUCAAGGGUUUUCUCACCUUGCCAGCACUGUACCUGAUUCACAGGACGUGCAACUAACAAUCGAUGUUGCGUCCUCUUUUGAACCUAUUGCUCUUCCAGCAAACCCUCCGCCUUCCAACAAGGUCCUACCAAAGAAGAUGACAUCGCAAAGCAGUCCCAAUGAUACGCAGGAGCUUUCGCCAACGUUUUAUGCAAGGCUCAUCAACAGUAACAAGAUCAAGGGUGCACUGGAGCUUGCAGAAGCGGGACAAUCUCAAGAUGCUGAUGAUGCCGUUACACAACGCACCAACCAUACAGGCGACCUUGGCCACAUUGACCUUGGCUUAGGCGAUAGCGACCGAGAAGAUUAUGAGGCUCAAGCUAGUGAUCAGGAACUGGACUCAGAACCUAUCGAGUUCUCUCCUACACAAGCAACGCAAAAUCGGCUUUCCCAGUUCCCCGAGUCACAGCGAUUCAAGACACCAGCUACUAAUGGUAAAAAGCGCAAUUUUCUCAGCGACGUGAUCGAAUCUCCAGCUCUGCCUCGCAAUCCGUUCGCAACAGAUGGCGGUAACAAAACACCCUUACAUGCGCUGGGAUUAAGUCAAGUGUUCGCAGGAACUCAAGCAGGCUCAUCGCCAAUUAUAACUCGACACAUCUCAGAGCCAACAUCAGACCGUCCUUCACCUAAUAUCGAAGUACAAACAAGGCCAGCAACUGCUUCCCUGUCCUCGCCUCUACGACCUCGCUCCGAGCUCAAGAAGAUUGCUUCUGAACCUCAAUCUCGGUAUGUGUCAAUCAAGCAAUCUCAGGCGGAAAGAGAAAGGCUGGCAGCUUUGCGACAGCAAUCGCCUGAUGGCAGUAUAUCAGGAGACCAGUCGGACGAUAACUUCGAUGAAGAGUCAAGCAUUCUCAAACGUGCCCGCCUUCGCAGAGAAAUAGAUGAGAACGUGCGAGAAAGAUUUGCGAGGUUCUCUUCCCCUACACGUCCGGGGUCAGCCGCCAAAGCAGGUGAGCAAGCAGCUAGACAAGCUAGAGCCCAGACUUCGUCACCCAUUCUACGGCAUGGAAAGCGGGUUGAGUCUUCCCGGAUGACAGGGAAAGAGACUGCGGUUAUGCAAGGGCCGACGGCUGGUGAUAGUGAUGAAGAAACCGAUGUCGACGAAUCAGAGCAAGUUGUCAUAGAGCACUCCAGCCAGCUGCCACAUGAGAACGAGGAUGAAAAUAAGGAGAAUAUGCAGACCAAAGCACUCCAGAUACCGGAGACUGUUAUCAGACUAGACCAAGCCAUCAACGGCUGUCAGGAUGGACAAGAUGUGAGUCCGACACUCAGGAGGUCGUUUGCGCAGCCAGCUGUGGAGCAGCUUCGCAGCUCGCAGACAAUCAGAAAAGCCAUUACGCAUACGGAUGGGAUUAGUGUGUCGCCUACUGUCGCCGUAGCGAAUUCUCAGCCGGAUCAGCCUUGGUCAAGAAAGCUUCUCUCGGAGCUGGGGGAUCCAUUGAAGGGUCUUCCAGGCAACUCAUUUGUCUCAUCAUCAGCCGCAGCAGCUGGUCAGAUCGAGUCUUCGCCUCGCCAUGAUUGCGCUGAAGACCAUAAUGAUCCAUCUCAAGUCGUCCAAGAGAAUGCAAAUGGACAAACUCAUCAUGAAGAGGUCAAUCAGUGCGGUGAACAUGGAUUGACGGACGAAGAGAAGAGUGCUAAAACUCUACUGGAUGGUCAUACAAUGGCAAACUCCAGGACUGGUAGCAAACAACGCGCUGAGCUUCCUAACACCGUCCCUGAAACAAUGUCGGCGCGUGGCUCGACCAGGAGUGGCGCGCAGGGCUCCUCCCAUACCUCUAUAUCUGUCAACGGCAGCCGUGCAGAACAACUGUCGAGCAAAUAUGAAACUGCAAGAAGUCAUUUAUCCAGCAGCACACCUGUUUCUCGACCUCUGAACUCUCUGUUCUCAAGUCCCAGUGGCAGGAAAAGAAAGCGCCUUGGUGAUAUUGCUGCGCAACCUUCUCCGAAGAAAAUGAGUGGUGAAGUGGAUGUGGAAGAAGUUAUGGCAGCAAUGGAUGAUGCAGACUUUUACAAUGCGGUUGAGGAUGCGCCUGGAAGCUCUAGCCCAAUUCCUCCAGGCAGGAAUCUGAAGCGGCGCUGCUUGAUGGGCAAGCAACAGACGUCGAGCCGUGCAACUACUGUUUCAGCAGACGCGACUCUCCCGUCAAGCCCCCCCACAGUAGAUCUCCAUAAAGCCAGCCACGAUCUCAAGCAAACUCCCUCUGUUCCAAGCGUCAGAAGCCACCCCAGACCUGCAAAGCGGUCUGAAGCUGUCUGGGAUGUACAGACAUCACCACCGAAGUCAGCAGCGGCAAGAUCUUUGAGAAACGCGGCUAAAAAACCAAGAGGAUUGGCUAGGAAUACCUCAAGGUCUGCGAAGUACCAUGAUAGUACGGUGGCCGAAACCGUACAUGAUGAUUCGAACCAGGAGGCACACGUCACCCAACCUCCCACGACGCUUACAGAAAGUGCAACGAGCAAUCAACAACCCAAUCCUCCCACGAUAGAGGUUAUUGCACCGCAUCAAGUCCUUGCGUCCUUCAAUGGCAAACCCAGAGGCUACUAUCCUGCAACCUGCAUCGGCUCCACAGGACUCAAAUCCGAGGGCACAUUCCGGUAUCAGAUCCAGUGGGACGACUCUUCUCGCGAUGAUAUCGAUGAAGGUGGCAUCCGCAGGCUUGAUUUUCGGGUUGGUGAUCAAGUAAAAGUCAUUUCAGAAGGCUGGCCACGAGUGGCGUACACUAUUCAGGGCUUCAAGGAUCGAGUUGACAAGAUCGAUGGCGAGGUGACCGACAUACGUGGUUAUAGAACUCUUCUUUUGAAGCCUAAAAAGCGGAAGAGUCUGCCUGUUGGGGUAUCGACAGAAAGCACGAAAGAAGCGCCUAUGUCUGCCGUCUACCUUGACAGCAACAUGUGGGGUCAGAUGAAGGACAGAAUAUUCAACCUUGACGCUACCAAUGGAAAGCCACCUUUGACGGUGCACGUUCCGCCACAGGACCCAUCACAUUCAGGUCUAGCAACACCAUCCGAAGGACCGUCGACGCCCAGUACUCCGACCUCGCGGACGAGGCGGAGAUCGGAGUUCCCUCUGCAGCGGGCAAAUAGUUCCGUUUCAUUCCCAGACCCACCUGCAGCGACAGGCAUUUUCUCUAAUAUGGCUUUUGCUAUCUCAUACGACAAUGUUUCACGCAAAAAGUCACUUACUAAGGCGAUUUUGGUGAAUGGUGGUGCACUCCUUGGUGAGGAUUUCCAGGAGAUGUUCGACAACCAACUGACUCCGACAUCUCCUUCUGUAAGGAUGCAUGAAACAGGGACGCUUGCACUCAAUGCUCGCUUCUUGAAUAAGGGCUUCGUAGCUCUAAUUGCAGACCGUCACUCAAGAAAGCCGAAGUACAUGCAAGCUCUUGCUUUGGGAAUUGGAUCUUUAAGCGGCAGGUGGAUCGAAGCUUGCGUUGCAGCCAAUACGAUCUUGGACUGGCAGCCUUACCUUCUCUCUGCAGGAGAGAGUCUAGAGCUUGAAGGCGCUGUCCGCUCUCGAGUCUUACCGCAGGUCGACGCCAACACCGCAACGCUGAAAGACAUGAUCUCGAAGAGGCCAAACUUGCUCCAAGGGGAAGCUGCCAUUGUCGUCAAGGGUCGAGGUAAAGCAGAAGAGAAGAGAAAACCCUAUAUCUUCCUCACCAAGGCGGCAGGCGCGGGUAGGUUAGAAACGUGCGUUGACAUCAAAAGUGCAAAAGUAUUGCUGGAUGAAGAUGCGGAAAAUAGUGUUCGAUGGGUCUGUGUGGAUGACAAAGAGCUGGGAAAAGCCGAGACCGCUUUGCUGCCAAAGGGCAAGGAAAAAAGGAGCAAGGAAUUGCGAAUAGUUGGGAAUGAGUUCAUCUGCCAAAGCCUGAUCCUGGGACGGCUGUGGGAUUCCUCAUAA